UGCCGUCGACAAGUGUGUGUCUCGUCGUCCAGCUUCACUGCACACGGACGAGUCUCACAUGCCACUCCAACCUUUCCCCGCACCCUUAUUCCAGAAACCCGUCCACGUUCAUCCCAUCGAGCAUCAUCGUCACGUCUCCCAGCCCAGUCACUCGCACAUCCACAGUCAGUCAGUCACGCACGCACACCACCGUAUCAACAGCGAAACCAAACCAAACCCCCUGAUGGCGGGCAGCAGCAGCUUCUUCCAGGACGCGCGGCUCCCGCAGCAGCGGGCCGUGGAGGGGGUCGCCUUCCCGGCGGUGCUCGUCCCGAGCUUCCGCGGCGGCCCGGGGGGAUUAGGAGGCCUGGAGGAGUUCCUGGCGGCCGUGCGGUCGGAGCGGGCGUCCAGGGUGGAGCCGCUGGCGCGGGCGGCCGGGGCCGUGCUGCUGCGCGGGUUCCCGGUGAGGACGGCGGCGGAGUUCGACCGCGCCGUGGAGGCGUUCGGGUACGAGGAGCUGCCGUACGUCGGCGGCGCGGCGCCCCGGAGCAACGUGGUCGGGCGCGUGUUCACCGCCAACGAGUCGCCGCCCGACCAGAAGAUCCCCUUCCACCAUGAGAUGGCACAGGUUCCAACCUUUCCGUCGAAAUUGUUCUUCUUCUGUGAAGUGGAGCCCAAGAGUGGUGGAGAGACACCAAUAGUGCUGAGCCAUUAUGUUUACAAAAGGAUGAAGGACAGAUUCCCGGAAUUUGUGGAGAAAUUGGAGAAGGAUGGCCUAAUAUACACAAGGGUCUUAGGAGAGGGUGACGACCCAUCUUCUCCAAUUGGCCGUGGAUGGCAUUCUACAUUUCUCACAAAAGAUAAAGCCGUUGCCGAGGAAAGGGCCUUGAAGCUUGGAAUGAAGCUGGAAUGGACCGGCGACGGAGUUAAGACGGUGAUGGGUCCGAUACCGGCAGUGAAGUGGGACGAGGCCCGGGGGAGGAAGAUAUGGUUCAACAGCAUGGUGGCCGCCUACACGGGGUGGAAGGACGCCCGGAACGAUCCUGUCAAGGCCGUCACGUUCGGCGACGGCUCGCCCUUGCCCGCCGAUGUCAUAGGCGAAUGCGGCAAGAUCCUGGAGGAGGAAUGCGUGGCGAUCCCGUGGCAGCAAGGCGACAUCCUUCUCAUCGACAACUGGGCCGUCCUGCACUCCCGGCGGUCUUUCGAGCCCCCGCGGCGCGUUCUCGCUUCGCUCUGUAAAUAGCAUGCUCGUGUAAGUAUGCAUCAGGAGGCUUGAGGCUUUUUGGAGAAGAAUUGGUCUGCAGUGUUAUACUACUUGUUUGUAUUUACGAAGUCUGAUUUGCAGCUACAAAGUGAAUAAGUUUGUGCACGAGCAAAGAAGCUUUGCCUGACGUGGAACCUGGUUGUGACAAACGGUUUCGGCAGCUAGAAACACUACAUAAAUAGUAUUCUAGCUGCCGUUUUUGUCCUCUUCUGUUUAUUUGUAGUUGAACAGUGCGAUGUCUCCGUGGCGAUCUAGUAGAGGCAUUCGUUUUGGCACUACAUAUUUUAUUCGCCACGAUGAACUGUUCUUGCUUCGCUCUGUAAAUAGCAUGCUCGUGUAAAUAUGCAUCACGAGGCAUGAGGCCUUUUGGAGAA